UUUUUAUCCUCAAUAUGGCAUUUCAUAGCUAUGUAUGUUUGGCAGCCCUGUUGGCAAAUUUGAUCCCUAGCUGGCUGCUGGGUUCGGACUACAAAAAUGAAGACGUUUCCGUAAAGCUUGAAGCGCUUGACAUUCUCACAGACUUACUUUCACGUUUUGGAGCGUUUCUGGUACCUUUUCACAACCCUAUUCUAAAAGCAUUGUUUCCCCAACUCGAGUCAACUCGCCAGGCCGUCAGAAAGCGUUCGAUCGUUGCUCUGUCACACCUUCUUUUGUUGGCCGACGAUAGUAUAUAUGACAGCGUUAUUGAUCGCCUCCUAAAAGGUUUGAAAAAUAAUUCCAGCUCUGGGGCUGUUCGCACGUACAUUCAAUGUUUAGCAUCGAUUUGCCGGCAGUCUGGGCCACGUUUAUGUAGUCAUGUUAAUCCAGCCAUAGAACAUUUAAUAAUGUAUAGCCAUUGUGACGACGACGAAGUUCAUGAGUUUUGCCUCCAAGCGUUUGAAGCAUUUGUGUUCCGAUGUCAAGACGCAGUUACUCCCCACGUGUCUAUGAUUUUGGACAUCUGCCUGAAAUAUUUGAGUUAUGAUCCGAACUAUAACUAUGAAUCUGAUGACGGCCAAAGUUGCCUUGCAAUGGAUACUGAGGAAGGCGAUUAUGCUGAUAGUGACGACUACAGUGAUGAUGACGACAUAAGUUGGAAAGUUCGUCGCGCGGCCGCAAAAUGCCUAGAAGCUUUAAUAAUAACGCGCCAGGAGUCGCUUGAGAGCUUUUGUCAGGAUUUGGGUCCUAUAUUAAUUUUACGUUUCAAAGAACGGGAAGAAAAUGUAAAAUCUGACAUAUUUCAUGUGUAUACCACGUUGUUGAAAAGCACAAAGUUCCCAAACACUUUAUCACAAGACCCUGAUUCUAUGGAAGAGAUCCCACGUAGUAUUGCACUGCUUCAAGAUCAAGUGCAAGAUAUUAUAAAAACUAUACAGCCUCUAAUGCGUGAAAGAUCAAUGAAAACGAGGCAGGAUUGUUUUUUUUUGUUACGGGAGUUGCUAAGCGUAUUACCCGGAAGUUUAGGACCCUAUCUAGAUGAUAUUGUACCGGGUAUUAAUUACUCUUUGAACGAUAAAAACUCAACAAGCAAUAUUAAAAUCAAUGCUUUAGGGUUAUUGGGCUCAUUGUUAGCAAGUAACACACCGUCAUAUUUUUUCCAACCACAUUUUCCUGUAUUGGUACCACUUAUCGUUAACGCGGUGUUUGACUCGUUUUAUAAAAUUUCCACAGAAGCGCUUCAAGUGUUACAAGAACUCGUAAAAGUUUUACGGCCUAUGCAAGAUCCUGCAGUGCCAUUACCCACUACCUUUGAAAUAAGUCCGUUUGUGGAAGAUCUUUAUUCUGCUACUCUAAAAAAAUUAAUGACUUCCGACGUAGAUCAGGAAGUAAAAGAUCGUGCUAUUAGUUGUAUGGGUCAAAUAAUAGCAAAUUUGGGGGAUUUUUUAGUUCCACAAGUAAAAACUUGCCUACCAAUAUUGAUGGAACGUCUAAAUAAUGAAGUAACUCGCUUAAGUAGCGUUAAGGCAAUUUAUAUGAUCGCGGCGUCUCCGUUGAGAAUUGAUUUAACUUUAAUAACAAAAGAGGUUAUUCCCAUACUAGGUUCGUUUUUAAGAAAAAAUCAUAGAGCAUUGAAAUUGCAUUCCUUGGAUCUAUUAAAUAAAUUGAUACAAAAUUAUUCUCACACAUUUCAUCCCCAAAUACUACAGUCGGUAAUUAUUGAGCUCAAACCGCUUAUAUCGGACUCAGACUUACAUAUUGCUCAAUAUUGCUUGACUACUUUAACUACAACUGCUCUUAAGCAACCAAAAGCGUUGGAAGGCAUUCAUGAACAAUUUUUGCCCGCGGUGUUUCUUCUAGUACGCUCGCCUCUAUUGCAAGGAAGUGCACUUUCAUGUACCUUAGAUCUUCUUCAGGUUUUAGUCCAAACUAAUUUACCUAAUUUGGAAUACAGUUCUUUGCUUAAAAAACUUAUGGACCCAAUAAUUAUUGAAAAUGAACAGCUACAUAAACAGGCACAUCAUUCACUAGCUAAAUGUAUUGCAGCACUUACUCUAAAAUGCCCCUGGGAAGCAAUUCCUCUGGCGGUGCGACUUCUUGAUUACGUUCAAAAAUCAAACGUAUCUAGUGAUUCUAAACUGAGCUUCUGUCUUCUAACAAUCGGAGAGAUUGGGCGAAAUUUUGAUUUAAGUAGCAUUUUUGCUUUGCCGCAAACUUUAAUUGAAUGUUUUGGAGCUGGCUCUGAAGACGUAAAAAGCGCCUCAAGUUUGGCUUUAGGUGCGGUUGCAGUUGGAAGUUUAGAUUCAUACUUGCCACUUAUACUCAAAGAAAUCGAAGGACAACCAAAGCGGCAGUACUUAUUACUACAUUCUUUAAAAGAAGUAAUUUCAUCGUUAUCUGUUAGCCAAUAUGGACUUUCCCAAUUAUUACCAUCUGUUCCAACAAUAUGGACACAACUUUUUAAACAUUGUGAGAGUUCAGAGGAAGGGUCUCGAAAUGUGGUUGCAGAAUGUCUUGGAAAGCUUGUGCUCGUUAACCCAGCAGAACUGUUACCGUUGCUCCGCGAUGCUCUUUACUCGGAUAAUGCAAUUAUGAGAGCCGUAGUAGUAUCUUCAAUAAAAUAUACCAUAUCCGAUCAACCACAAACAAUUGACCACUUAUUAAAACAAAAUUUGGGUGAAUUCCUCUCAUCACUUCGUGAUCCAGACCCAGGAGUCAGGAGAGUGGCAUUGGUCACUUUCAACGCUGCAAUACAUAACAAACCUACAUUGGUACGAGAACUCUUGCCAUCUUUGCUGCCUCUUUUGUAUUCAGAAACUAAAAUAAAGUGUGAAUUGAUCCGAGAAGUCGAAAUGGGCCCGUUCAAACAUACAGUUGAUGAUGGUCUGGACAUUCGUAAAGCUGCAUUUGAAUGUAUGUAUACUUUGUUAGAACAAGGACUUGAUCGAGUUGAUGUCAAACAAUUUCUGGGACACGUACAAGCUGGCUUAUGUGAUCACUAUGACAUAAAAAUGUUGACAUAUUUAAUGACAGCUCGCUUGGCAGUUUCAUGUCCAGAUGCAGUUUUACAACAACUUGACCAGUUUAUACAACAAUUGCGUGAAACGUGUACUUAUAAAGUAAAGGCAAAUUCUGUUAAACAAGAACAUGAGAAACAGGAUGAACUUAAAAGGUCUGCAUUGAGAGCUGUAUCUGCCUUAUCGCAAAUUCCUAGUGCAGACAAAAAUCAGCAUUUAACGGAAUUUUUAAAAACAAUCAAGGACUCGCCAGAACUGUGUAAAAUAUUUGAUUCCAUACAAAAAGACUCGAGCCCAAUCAGUCCUGAAAUUACAUCAAUGGAUCAAAGCUAAAUGUGAAAGAUAAAUAUACAUUCUUAAUAAGGCUGUGUGUGAGUAUGGUUUGAUUGCUAUAUAAAUCCGCAAUAUCCUAAAUCACUGGAAAGUGUCGGUAAUGAAAUGAAUGGGUUCACACAGUUUGCUAACAAACAACAAAUUAAAUUUGAAUCUAAAAAAAAAAAUUAAUUAAAUUCAGCUAAAAAAUUUCAGAAUAUACCACUUUGGGUACAAAACUUUUGAUGAACUCGCACAUAGCCUAAAUUUAUAACCGUAAAUUAAAAAUUCAUUUAUAUUCUGAAGGCAGCUGACAAAAAAUAAUACCAAAACAUAUUAGGGCUGUUCACUAAAUUGAGCAAGUGAUCUGACACUGGGCAAAAGAGCUAAUUAGCUCAAAGCAACGACAGUUGUCAAAGCUUGCCAGGUCACUUGCUCAAUUUGUUGAAUACCCGAAUUGUCUGCUGUAAUACUCCUGCCUGCAAGUUAUUUGUAGAUACAUUUUAUUCUAAUGCAAAUCCCUUUAAUAAAGUAUUUGUUAUGAAAUCACAAUAAAUUAUAAAUAAAUAGAAAAUCUGA